GGGGAGGGGGAAAUAGAAAUAAAAGGAAAGAGAGAGGGAAUCAUAGAAAUGAGGAGGAACGGUCGACGGGAUAGGUGUGAAACUACGGUCGAAACUCGGCGGACACCGGUCACGUAAUCGAAUAUAUUUUUCUUUUAAUUGAAAAAUAUUGUCGCUUGGCCGUUUCGGCUGGUAAUUUUAUGGAGACAGGAUUUAAUUACACGAAAUCACGUCGAAUCGAACGAUAUAAUUAAAUACCUGUUUUUUGUGAAAAAUCGACGCGGGCUCGAGCGCGAGCGCUGCCAUUUACAUCGAAAAUAUUUGAAAUCUGCUCAAUAUCCCUGCUUCGGUCGUCGCUUCGCGUAUGUAACCGUGUAUCAUCGUCUUAGAUACUCCUCGAUUUUCCACGAAAGGGAUGAGCACGAUUUGAAAAUUCCUUGAAAAACGCGAACGAUCGACUCGUUGGAACAAGUUUUUCUCUUCUCUUCCUCCCUCGGCGACGAACGCGCAAAGAAUUCGAGAAGGACGUUUCCACCUUUGGAAACUUAAAAACACGUAUCCUUCCGUAUUCGGACGAUAUCGUUUUAAUUUUCAAUUUUACGCGUGUCGUUGGAAUAUAUAUUUAUAAACGGGUCCUCGUCCACCCUCAUUACUCGACCAAAUGACGAUCGCGAAAUUAUUGCACGGAUCUCUCACGGUUCACCGUGCACGACGUGCACGCGAGUAGUGUUUCGGAAAUGGGAAUGAAGAGUGAGAGAGAGAGAGAGAAAGAAAGAAAGAAAGAAAGGAAGAGAAAAAAGACGACGCAUCGGCCGAGGGUCGUGAAAUGUAUGACGAAAUGCAUCUUGGGAACUCGACAAUUUAGGGACGCGGAGGCGUUGCAUUGUUACCCAUAGGGGUGUGGAAUUGUAUGGGGUGCUCCCGUUCAGGGAUUCUCCUAACUUGCUCAACAGAUCCGUCAUGAUCGAUAGUCUUCUGGCGUCGGUCGAACGCGAUGCCAUUCGCGUGGCCCGUGCUUUAAUUUAACCAGUGGUGAAAUUGCUCCGUAUCGUUUUGUCCACACCGGUUUUCCCACUCCUCCGUCCUUUCUCCAACCACCUCGAAAAAACGUUCAACACCUUCGUUCUUUCGAACGUGAUCGCCAUUGGUUAAAAGAGAAGGGGAAGAAUCGUCGUUUCUUUCUUCAUCGAACUUUUCUCAUGGAACAAUUUCGUUUCCUAUCCUUCGUAAAUAAAUCCUCCAACUUGUUUGCUCCAAUCAUUUUCGAUCUCUCGCGAAAACAGCCGCGUAUCGCAAUAACGAUAAUCGCGACCAGUCGAAGAGGAAUCGCACCCUCGCAAUCUGGAAAGAUUCGUUCCUAGAUCCGUGUGCGUUUCGUGUGCACCAUUCCGGCAUUCGCGCGCGUAUGACGGCGACAUUAAGACAAAGUAUUCCCCUCUCUCUCUCUCUCUCCACCCCGUCCAACCCUCCAUCCCGUCUUCGUUGCUCGGGCCUGCACCCUCGAACAGCCCCCAAGCAUCGCGCAAUUCCCCCCCGUAUUCCUCGGUGCUAAACGCAACUACACGAGGGACCUUUCUGCCGUCUUUGUUUUCCCUUUCUUCCCAGUGUCGUUUUGCAGGCUGGCGAGGGGAGGUCGUUGAACGACGGAAGCGGGAAAGGAAGCUCGACGAGGAAACGGCCGGGGGAAAAAAAAGAAAAAAAAGACAAUCGAAGAAGUGUCGGCGUCGAAGGAAGGAAGGCGAAAGAGCAACCUCCUCGUUAUCGGUGUACCGGGCCGACCGCAACGUGGAAAACGAUCCCAGCAACCGUGCAGUAAUUACACACCGAGCAACCUUUCCUUUUAUUUCCUCUCCUCUCCUUUUCGCCCACCUCGAAACCGCGGUUGGGGAUCGGUGUGGUGUUUUCGUUUUAAACGGCCCUCGUGCCCCCGUUUCUCGAUCCACGGGACUUCUUCUGGCUCGCGAGUGAGAGGCUGAGAAGAGGAGGGAGAGGAGGAGGAGAGUCGAGAUCGUCAGUGUCGAGGAGUUAACGCGUCCAAGAUGAUCCAGUGUUAAAGAAUUGCAUCGUUCGAAAAUCAUGAAUCGUUUCGACGAUCGUGGCGUCGAGAGGAGAGAUCGUUCGGGUCGGCGUCGAUGCGACUCGAUGAAUCCCGACGUGACGCGGAAUCGGACCAAGCUUCGAUAGCAACGCUAUAUUCCAAUUCGUGACUGAUCGGUAUCGUUUGUUAACGCGAUUGUCGGGAGAUAAAUCGAAUCGAUGCAAGGAGAGGAAAGGAGGAAAAAAGAAAUUCUCUCGUGCCUCUCGUCAAAGGGAAUUCUUCUUCUUCUUCUCCUUCUCCUUCCCCUUCUCCUUCUUCUUCUUCUUCUUCUUCCUUUUCUCACCUUUCUCGGGGCAAACGACAUUCCUCCGUUCCGAUUCUAGAGAGCGAGAGAAGAGUGGAAGCGAGGAGAGGAAGGGAGAGAGGAGAGGAGAGGAGAGGAGAGGAGAGGGAAGAGGGAGAAAAAAGAGAGACAACGGGUGUGUUGUCAUCGGGUAGUCGCGAUCAGCAGGAGUAUAUAGCAUCAGGAUCGUGGAAGAGGGUGCAGCAGGAGAGAGAGAUUUUUCCCCACCGCUUGGAAAAACCAACCCCCACCACUCCCGCUUAGUACGGGCAGGCGGCGGUGGCGGCGGCGUGGAAGAGAGGCACGGAGGGGUAGGUUAGCCAGGGUGGUCUCGGUGGUGGCUGGGGGCGGCAGCCUCAAAAAUACACCGCAACCACACCGCGCGGCUCCACCGCAGAAGCCGCCAUCUUCCACCGCCGAACCGAAACGAGACCGCGCGAGUUAAACACCCUAUCCUACUUCCCCGUAGUGGAAGUUGCCGCUGCCACCCGCCCAAGUAUCAGCCACGAAGAAGUGUCUCUCGCCUUCUCGCCCCGUGCUCGAUCGCUGACAACCGAAAGGAAACCCCGAUAAUUUCGAAUUUCGCUCUUAGUCCGCGCGCCACUCCGUCCAUCGUCGUCGUCGUCGUCGUCGUCGCCGUCGUCAAGAAAAGAAGUUUCGCUUCGACCUCGCUCCGCCUCGAGCCAAGGGGGAUCGAGCAAGAUCGUGUUCUUUUUUUUUUUUUUUUUAUUCCUUUCUUGGAGAUCGCCGGCGAAUAAAUCGGGAAGAGAUUUAGAGAGAAGAGAUCGGGAGGAACGGAAUCCUGGGACGAUUUUUCGAUUCGAUAAUCUUUUUGUGACGAUUCGAAGAGGAAGAAGCAAGUGCGCGGUGGACAUGGACAUAUUAUUGGCAAACAAAAACGGGUGACGAACGGUUUAAUCUUUAAAUUAAACGACGAGGAUAAAAGUGGAUCGAUGGUGGUGAACUACGCGGAGAGAGAGGAAGAGAGAGAGAGAGAUAGAGUUGGGAUACUUGGGAAGAAUAAUGUGCGUAUGUGAGAUUUGUGUUGCGGCUUGUGGGGCUGGCUUGGAGGAUCCCGAGUACAGAGUUAACACCUGUUAGAUGGUCGGGCAGAAGUGCUGAUGUGCGACAGGAACGUGGAGUAAUUUCGAUCGACCGCGGGACAUUGGAGGGAGGAAGAGGGAGAGAAAGAGAGAGAGAGAGAGAGAGAUUUCCAAGUGCAUCGUUUUACUAAUUUCGCGAGCAGUUUGAUAUCGUGGUGGAGUUUCAGUUCCGUCGAAUAGAAAUCGCGGAGCGGAGAGCGUGCAUCCGAUCAAAGAAACGAAGAAACGAAGGGGGGAGGCCACGCGACCCCACGUCGAUUCCAAUAAAACGAAUUUUCUCCGCGACUUGGCAAUCCUCGAGACGAGAGGAGGAGAAGAAGAAUUUGCAAACGGAUGCUCUUACCUCGGCCCCGUCGCGGGGAUAAUGAAAUAAGGAUCAAAGAGAUCCUGAGCCACGCGGGGCCGACCAGAAAUCACCAGGGAUCUCCCCCUCCUCCCCCUCUUUAACCGAUCCAGUUGUUCCAUAAUGAUCAUCUUUAUCGAUCCGUCUUUAUUAGUUCAAUCUUAUCCGAGAUUCGUUUAAAUCUUUCUUCAAACCUUUUCCAUUAAUUCUUUGGACGGAACAGAUUCAAAAGAAAGAAGAAAAAAGAAAAAACAUGGGGAUGAUAAGAAUAAGAUAAAUUUUCCGUGGCGGCAGAUGGAAGGAUAGAAGGGAUCGGUUGGUCGAUCGGUGGGAUUGGAGAAAGAAAAUUGAGUCGAAUCGUUCGACGCUCAUCGAGGAGGGAAAUCUUGGCGGAAAAGAGUCCGAUGAUCCUGUUCUCAUGACGAAUCCUUUACGAGAUGCACGCCCCGAGGACCGGCCUCUAGGCUUGGACUAUCCUGACCCGAGAUUGGUCCGAAACGGUCACCAAGAGCAUCAGGGGAACACCACGCAUCAGAUCGGUGCGGCGAGAAUCAGACGGACCAGGACCUCGUCCACGAGGAGAAGAAUGCAUUUGGCGAACGAGGUUCCCCCGCAAGGAUCCACCGGUGGUAACAAUCUUCCGGAUUAUGCCCUCACCGCGGACCUGCUCACCGAGAGAACUCUCGACGGUCUCUUCGCCGAGCAUCCGGGAGAACUCGUGCGAACAGGCUCUCCUCACGUGGUCUGCACGGUAUUACCGGCACAUUGGAGGUCGAACAAGACGCUUCCGGUAGCGUUCAAGGUGGUAGCCUUGGGCGAGGUCGGUGACGGGACCUUGGUGACAGUGCGUGCAGGAAACGACGAGAAUUGCUGCGCGGAAUUGAGAAAUUCCACCGCGGUGAUGAAGAAUCAAGUGGCCAAGUUCAACGAUCUUAGGUUCGUCGGGAGAAGCGGUAGAGGAAAGAGUUUCACCUUGACGAUUAUGCUGCAAACGUCGCCACCUCAGGUAGCCACCCUAUCUAAAGCAAUCAAGGUCACUGUGGAUGGACCGAGAGAGCCUAGAUCGAAAACAAGGCACCAGGCUUUCCAUCCGUUUCAUUUCGGGCCUAGGCCUUUCCCUUUCGGCCACCCUCAGGAUCCCCUGGGAUUCAAGUUGACCGGUCUGCAACACCUGGGUCUGGAGCAAGGAGCCAGCCAAGGAUGGGGUGGAUUACCUCGGGGCUCUCUUCCGCCGCACUGUCUUCCGCCGCCUCCCGGUCACCAUUCGCAUACACAUCCUCCGGCAGCUGGUGCGUCGGCCUUCAAUCCCUUCCACCACAGUAUCGAGCAAAGAUCUCCCAGACUGCCUGGACCGAACUCUGAACCGUCCAGGAACGACUUGGGCCCGAUCAGCGUGUCCGUGAGGGAGGUGACGCCGACCACUUCGCCUGGCAAUCCUGGGCCCGGAUUGCUCACGACGGCCACGGUUGCGGCGCCCACGCCUCCGGCGGAACCCACCACGACCACCACAACGCCUAGCCCUUCGUCGGGCCAUCACUCUCACUUUCAAGGUCUUCAUCUUCUCGGGGCGACGGGGUCUAUUUUCGGAUCGAUAUUCGCCCCCCUGUUGCCGCAAUCCUCUUGGCUCUACAAUCCUCUCUACCACACGCAGCAAUACGUGCUGGAGCCGGAGUGGCACGCUCUGGCGCUAAGAAUGGCGCAGCAACGGUUGCAGAGGCCCGACCAGGCAAGGGUCGAGGAGAUGAGGAAGGUUCGGGCCGGUAGCAGCAGCCCGGAGUCGGCGUUGAAGGAGGCGAAAACUCGACGGGACGACGAGGACGAUCGGGACCCGGCGCGGGGUAGAUCCGGGCUGGACAGCCCCGAUGGGAGCAUAGAGGUGGACGACAGGAACGAGCAAGAGUCGAACAAGGAUCGCGUGAGGAGCGACGAGUCUCUCGGGGGGCAGGAUUCGCCGAGGAUCUCGCCGGUGAGGAGCGACACGGAGGACACGACCGCGGACGCGAGCGCGUUUCAGGAGGACGGCACGGUUCACCUCCGGCCGAGCAUGGAGAACUCGAACCUCGAUCAAGAGGUCGCGAGCGAUCAGAUCUCACGCAGGGACUCGAAGAUCCGGCUCGAGGUGGGCACGGUGGAUCUUAGCACGAAGAGCAAAGGGCAGGACAAGGAGAACGUGGGCCAAGAUCUGACCACCAAGAGGAAGGAGGAGGACACGGGCGUGGAGAGGGAAGCGGUGGUACGAGGUAGAAGAGAGAGAAGCCCUAAGCCUAGACAGGUCUGGAGACCGUAUUAAAUUGGGCCGGGAUCGAGGAUCUCUCCCCCACCCCCUUUUGUCGAAAUUUUCCCGAAAAUUGAUGAAACGAUGCUUGUAAAUUGUCGACCGUGAUCCGGAUCUUGAUCGAUCGGACGAAGAUGCCCGGUUCGAACGGUUAUUUGAACGGUUUACCGGCUCGACGAUCCGGAUACAGACAUACACCGUACACGGUGGGUUCGAGAGUCAGGGCUCGAUCGUGGAGAGAGAAGCCUGGUCCUGGGAUGACCAGGAAUUAUCAUGGACUCGAGGACUAACCAGGGUUUACGUUCGUAUAUAUAAUAUGUAAAUAUAUAAGCGACGUCCAAUUAUUAUUUAGGUUACUAUCUCGCGUACGUUGUCAAGCGUACCCAUGUUAAAUACCCAUUGUCAUUUCGCGAGUGAGAUCAAUCGAGUUAUUAUCACGACGAACGAUCCUCGUUACACCCACCCGCUAUUUUCCACGAUGGAGGCAACAUUUUUUGAAUGUUGAACGAUGCUAGGGUAGCGCAAUUUUUGAUAAAUCGUGUCGCGAUAGACGAAAGGAUUUAUCCGUCGUCGCGACGGGGGUGUUGCGUUGCGAACGGGGAUCGUUCCAAUGAUUUUUCCAAUCCGCAGAGAGAGAAAUUCGCGACGAAUUGUAAAUAUAUCACACAGAUCGGAAGACGAUCCCAAGUCCAAGCCAAUGUCACUGUUUCCGCAGGCUAUGUCACUUUUCUUCCCUUUUUCCCUCUCUUCUUUUUUUCCUUUUUUUUUCUCUCUAUCCUUUCUUCGCCUCUUUCUUCACGAGGCGAACGUUUCAAGGCGUCGACCCUUCGGCGGCGAACGCGACGAGGAUGAAGCGCGAUCGACGACAUUGUUUCGCGUUUGCUCGCGCGACCCGGCUCGACGAUCAGAUUCUUUCACUGUUUAAGUACGUCAUCAAAUAAAGUAAUAUCAUCCGUUCCACGAA